AUGGAUUCUAAAGAACUUGAAACAAUUUCUUCUUCUUCUUCGAGCAAUAAUAACAAUAUCGACAUAGGACAUGAGAAACAUCAAACAAAACAAUCAGUUGAGGAGGUAGAUCAAACCUCUUUUUCGUUAGACGAAGACAAAACAAUCAUUGCUAGUGCUACUUUACUUUCUAAAAAUGAUACUUCUACUAAUUCGUCAACACCAAACACUGUUAUAUCGAUUCCUAUAACAAUAAAAAUAAAAUAUAAAACUCAAAUAUUUGAUAUCAAAUGUGAUCUUUAUGAUACACUGAAAGAUUUGAAAGAACAAAUUGAUAAAUUAACCGAUAUAGAUCCAAAAGUACAAAAAUUAGUCUAUAAAACAAUAUCGACAAAUAAAUCAGUUGAUACAAUAACAUUAAAAGAUUUAAACAUUGUCGAUGGAACAAAAUUAUUAUUAAUUGGAGCAACUAGAUCUGAAAUGUUAUCAACAACGGCAACAGGAGCAUCAGGAACAAGUGGAAAAGAUUUUUUGGAUGAUCAACAAUCAAAAAAGAAAGAACCAUUAUCAAAAAUGACACAACAUGCUAAAAUAUUAAAAAGAGGAAAACCAGAUAAUGCUGGAAUUGGUAUUCGAAAUGUGAAUGAACCAUUGCCAUUAUCGCUAGAUGGCAUGUAUAUGUCAACAUUAAAUCAACGUGAAAAACGCGUACGUUUAACAUUUAAAUUAGAAUUAGAUGAAGUAUGGGUAAAUACAGCCGAAACGACAAUGAAAAUACAAAUGAGUCAAAUUCGAAAUAUUGUUGAUGAACCUAUUGAUGGGCACGAAGGCUAUUCAAUAGUUGGAUUACAAAAAGGAACAACUGAACAGUCAAUUAUAUGGAUCUAUUGGGUACCGUCACAGUAUGUUAAGGCGAUCCGACAAGCAAUUCUAUCAGAUAAUUAA